GCGGGCAGCAUAGGGGUAGGAGUGCAGGAGCGCCAGGGCGCGGUCUUUACUGCUUUCUUUACUGAUCACUCGAGCUCCAGAGACGAGUGGACGAAGUACGCCAGAAGGCAAAGACGAGCGCAGAACAUGAGGAUUCCUCCUCACAGUCUUCACUGCGCACCCUGUCAGUCUGUCACUGCGCGCCGCUUCCCGAAUCUCUCCGCUAAGUUAAAUAAACGGACUUACCAGGAUUCCAGUGUAUUCUCGAAAUAAAUGGACUCAUUUUCAUUUCGCUGUUUACCGUCAGUGCGUAUGGAGAGGCACUGUCCUCUCGGCACCACUGGAUCUUGCUUUUGUUCUGACGUUUUCCCCUUGCGACGCAUGACAACCUCGCCGUAGACCGCGCGUACUUUUUACGCACAGACGAUGACGAGGAUAAAAGCAAUAAGGAAUUAAAGAUCCCUCAAUUUAUUUACCCCGCUCCUGUGAGGGAAUAAGGAGCUUAAAGGGGAGUGCGGAGGAAGGGGGACAGUUUGAGUUUCACCCUUGACCCGUGGCCCCCGUAGCACUCCGUGUUUGGGGGCUUUUUUGUUUUGAGAGGGGGUAAUGCGUGUUCCCGCGGUGCUGGGGCUCCUGGUCGCCUGCGCGCUGAUCUGCGCCCCGGUGAGCGAAGCGUGCGGCCCGGGCAGGGGCUACGGCAAGCGGCGGCCUCCCAAGAAACUCACGCCGCUCAACUACAAGCAAUUCAGCCCGAACGUGGCCGAGAAGACUCUGGGUGCUAGCGGCAGACUCGACGGCAAGAUCACGAGGAACUCGGAGCGCUUCAAGGAGCUCACGCCCAACUACAACCCCGACAUCAUCUUCAAGGAUGAGGAGAACACGGGCGCGGACCGGCUCAUGACCCAGCGUUGUAAGGACAAGCUGAACUCGCUGGCCAUCUCCGUCAUGAACAUGUGGCCAGGUGUGAAGCUGAGGGUCACUGAGGGCUGGGAUGAAGAUGGCAAUCACUUUGAGGAAUCGCUGCACUAUGAAGGCAGAGCAGUGGAUAUCACCACCUCUGACCGUGACCGUAAUAAAUAUGGCAUGUUGGCGCGGCUAGCGGUGGAGGCCGGCUUCGACUGGGUUUACUACGAGUCCAAAGCACACGUCCACUGCAGCGUGAAGUCAGAACACUCUGUGGCUGCUAAGACAGGUGGCUGUUUUCCGGGAGGAGCUCUGGUCAGUCUGGAGAAUGGGAGCAGGAAGGCCAUGCAGGAUCUGCAGCUGGGCGAACGAAUCUUGGCAUCACUGCAUGGUGACGGCAGCGGGCAGCUCAUCUUCAGCGAGGUCAUCUCCUUCCUAGACCGCAAAUCCUCCGCCCGCACACUGUUUUAUACAAUAGAGACAGAGUCUGGUGCUGCAUUAAGCCUCACUGCUGCCCACCUCGUGUUUGUGGCUGAGGGGAACUGCUCAGGCCCAGCGCCCAUGGGACAGCUCAGGACUGUGUUCGCCAGCGAAGUGCAGCUGGGGCAGUGUGUGGUUUCGGCUCAGGAACCGGGACAAGAAGGAAGGCUGUCCCGAGUGAUUAGGGUUCAGCUACGGGAGGACAUGGGCGUGUUCGCGCCUCUCACCCUACACGGCACAGUCGUGGUUAAUGAUAUUGUGUCCUCCUGCUAUGCCACCAUGGAUGAACACUGGCUUGCUCACAUUGCUUUCGGCCCACUGAGGGCACUUCAUCGUUGGGGAGGGCCGAUGGGCCACCAGGCUGAGGGGGUGCACUGGUACUCCUCACUGCUGCACUGGAUUGGAACACACAUACUCGACCCGAAACACUUUCAUCCCUGGAGUGUGGUAGCUUCUGACAGAUGAGAGGGAGAGAAAUGAAAUGCAAGAGAGAAAUCAAGAUAGAAUGAGAGAAUUGGAAGAAUGGAAUAACUUUUUGUCCCACAAAAAAAAAAACAUUUUUCUCUUUAAAGACUUGAAGAGUGCAGUAAUUCUCUGGGUGUGUUCUCACUUGGAGGACAUCCCCCAAACUAUUCAAAAACCUACAUGUAAAAAAUAUUCAAUGCAAAACUAUUUGAAUGAAAUGAAUCUUUUAUUGCCUACACUGGAGCAUACUCACAAACACAAACACACGCACACUUCUACACAUUUGUGCAUAUGUGAUAUUAAUAACCAUUCUUAUACUGACUGAGGUAAUGCAACAGAGGUAAGCCGUAGAUAAAUUAGCUCAGGUAAGCAGUAGCUCAGACAUAGGAACGCAGUCUUAGCCUGUCUGAUACUGUAGCUGUUUCAGUAUAAUAACAUGUUAUAUGGAGAUAACAUGGGCUUGGGACACACAAUCAAAUGCAGUUAUCAUUAAAGGCAACUAAAAAAAAUCUACCAGAUCUGCUAGUUGUCAGGAAUUUUCACUCCUGAUGUUGUACCAUUCUGUAAGUUAUUUGUUACGUCCUUUUCCUCUCUUACAAGUCCAAACUCUGUGUCUUAGACUUUUCAACGCUGUAAUGUUUCAUGUUUUCCUGCUGGAAAUGUUCUUUGUAACUUUAUCAUGUAUUUAAUAGUCACAUUGUACACUGUAUUUCUACAUAUAGCAUACACAAGGGGUAAAACUUUAGUUAUAUUAAUUAAGCUAUACUGUGCUACUUACUAUUUAUUAACUUCACUCAGUACAGAUGUGUCAGAGAGCCUGUACAGCAUCCUAUGUAAAUGCUCAGUAUGCUAAUUCCCUAUGUAUGCUUUAUGGAGUGAUACUCACAAUCUGGCGUGCUUUAUUUACCUUUUUUGUGGCAUUAUUAACUUUUUACCAAAAAGAUGUCAAAAUUAUAUGUUCAUAAAAAAUAUUUAAAGAUCUAUUUUUCAAAAUUAAACUAUAUGGAAAUA